GCCGGCCGAGCUCAGCUUUGAACUCUGUAGACCUGCCUUGCAGUUCUUGUCUUGUAGAGUCGUCCGCCGCCCACCUGCCACCACCCAAAACGAAGCGCAACAACCAUGGCCACCUCGCUCGCCUGUGCUGGCUUCUUCUUCGACACCGAGCCGAUCGGCGAGCCCCGCCUGCCCGCGUUGAACGCGUGCGCGCUCUGCUCCAAGCCGCUCACCUGCAACAGCGACAUCUUCAUGUACAAGGGCGACACCCCGUUCUGCAGCGAGGACUGCCGCUACGAGCCGAUGCACCACGACGCGGCCUACGCGCGGCAGGCCGCCAGCAGCAGCAGCAGCCGGCGGAAGCAGCAGCAGUCGCAGCGGAGCAGAGGGGCCUCUGUGGCCGCCAAGGCGGAGGACGUGUACGUGGCCAGCUAGUUAAAAAGCAAGCAGAGCAAAGAAGAUCGUGCUGGUUCGAGCAGCUACAGCUGCAAGAGAUCCCGUUGUGCCGUUUGGCGGCCGGCGCUGCGCCUGACAACGAGUUUUGGGCGCGGGACAGAGGAGAGUAGGGGAUGGAUCUGAUGACUGAAGAAGGCGAUUAGCACAGAUCGACCUGAGCUUGCUCCCCUUGUUUCUGUUUCCCCCGGUUGGAUCUUUUGGGUUGUGUGGGGGUAGAGGUUGAGGCCUGAGGGUGUGUGCGAGAGCACCGUCGAUUUGUAAAUUUACGCGGCAUCUUCAGUAUGUUAUGAUAGUCAUGAAAUCUUGAUCGCUAACGUAUCUUUGUUCCUGACUUGUUUUUUGUAUGUGCUUUUAUAUGAUCUCAGUGAUUACUUUU